UUCAAAAGUUUAAAAAUGGCAGCUUUAUUUUCAAUUUCAUCUCUACGUUUUCUCAUCAAAACAAGAAGAAUAAAAAUGUCAUGGACUUGCAAGAAAUGCACUUUCAUAAACGAUAACUCUUCCUCUUCAAAACCCACUUGUCAAAUUUGUCUAUCACCCCCUUCGCCUCCUUCAAUUCUUUCUUCUAAUCAAGAAACCCCAAAAUGGUCAUGCAAAGCCUGCACUUUUUUAAACCCUUACAAGAACACAACCUCCUGUGAAAUGUGUGGCAGUACGGCUUCUCUAUCUUCCCUUUCUAGUUUUGAUGAUCUGAAUGACAUUACUGCUUUGGAUUCUUCUGUUGGCUCUGUUUUCUUGCCCUUGAGGACUUGCAAAAGGAAGAUUUCUGAUUCUUCUUCAUCAAUGGAUGAAACUGAUCAGAAUUCUCUUCAAUUCCGUGGCUUUCGUGGCCUUAAGGCCUGUAAUAAAGCUGUUGUUAAUGUUGAUGAUGGGGAUGAUCAACGUUCCGUCAAAUUGGGUGGAUUUCAAGGGUUUGGGGCAUCCAACAAGGCAGUCACUGUUGUCAAGGAUGACUUCAUUCCAUUGGCAACGUUGAGUUCAUUCAAGAUUUUGAGCUAUAAUGUUUGGUUUCGAGAAGAUCUGGAGCUGCAUAAGAGGAUGAAAGCUAUUGGCGACCUUAUUCAAUGUCAUUCACCCGAUGUGAUUUGUUUUCAGGAAGUUACUCCAAACAUAUAUGACAUAUUUAGGCAAUCCAGCUGGUGGAAAGUGUACCGUUGCUCUCUUUCAAAUGAUGCCGCAAAUUCAAGACCGUACUUUUGCAUGCAGUUAAGCAAACUUCAAGUAAAGUCCUUCAGCACUAAGCCAUUUAACAAUUCUAUAAUGGGGCGAGAACUCUGCAUUGUGGAGCUUGAACUUCCUCCUAGCAAGUCACUUGUUGUUGCCACAAGCCAUCUUGAGAGUCCGUGCCCUGCACCUCCUAAAUGGGAUCAGAUGUUCAGCAAGGAACGUGUAGUUCAGGCAAACGAGGCUACCAGCCUUCUUAAGAAUAAUCCAAAUGUGAUCUUUUGUGGCGACAUGAACUGGGAUGACAAAUCAGACGGCGGGUUUCCUUUGCCAGAUGGAUGGACCGACGCAUGGACAGAGUUACGACCAGGGGACAAUGGAUUCACAUAUGAUACCAAGUCUAAUCAGAUGCUGUCGGGUAACCGUACAUUGCAAAAGCGACUUGAUCGAUUUGCAUGCAGUCUGCGUGAUUUCAAGAUAAGUAAAAUUGACAUGAUAGGUAAGGAAGCAAUACCGGGUUUAUCCCAUGUCAAGGAGAAGAAAGUGAGGAAAGAGGUAAAGAUGUUGGAGCUCCCUGUUCUGCCAAGUGACCAUUAUGGCUUGCUUUUAACAAUUUCUUCUCGAUGAUGCUUAUAUUUUUGUUCGAGCAAUGGACAAAGGGGUCAAGAACAGGAAAAAAAGGGAGUUUUUUUGGUUCAUUUUUGUAUAGACAACAAAUGAAAUGUAAAGGCUUGAGAGCCUUCAGGGAAGCAUUAUGCUCCCAAUUUUGUAUGAGAAAAUUGCACCAAAUCACUCAAAA